UAUAUUCCUUGGUAUUUUGGAAGAUUAUUAGAUAUAUGAGACAAAAAUGCCCCCAGAAGAUCAUGCAAAUUCUGAUUUUAAACCUUCAGUUUCUCAAACAUCUACAAAAGAAUCCUUGACUCCAAGAAGUGUUAUAUCGAAGACUUUUUCAUUUUUUUCUCCAUCAGCAUGGAAGCAAAACUAUAAAAAUUCACGUAAAACAGAAAAUAAACCUCUAAAAUUUAAAAAUGAAAGCCAAGAUGGCAUGGAAUAUCGUAAUUGUUUUCAAGACACUUCUGAAUCAUUGGAAAAUGAUAAUAUUGUAGAAGAGGAUUUCUUUAAAAAAAGAAAAAAUGAUGAAUUUAAAGACACCUAUACUCCACAGAAAUCUUUUUCAUCUGAUAUAUCUUUUGAAGAUAAUAAAAAUAUGCUUUUUAUCAAUUCUAAUAUUCCAAAAAUGAGCGAAAAAGAUAUUUUAUCUGAUAGAACAUUAACUCCAAAUGAAAUUUUAUCAUCAUUUUUUUCUAAAAAAGGAAAUUCCCCUCUUAAUACUAUAGAAAUAGAGGGAGUUAUAAGUUUAAUGUCGAAAAAUACUACAUCAAAUAUCGAUUUUUCUUCUUUUGUUACACCUUUAAAAGCAUCACAGCAGUCGCUAUUUUCUUUGAAUAAUUCUGCAUUUUCUCCAACAUGUGAUUCUACUGUCAAAUUUGGAUCAUCCGUGUCUACAUUUUCUCAUUCUAAAAAAUAUUCUACUUUUGGACCAACUAUAAGUACACCAUUUCGUAAACGAAGAUCAACUAGAAGAUCCUCGUUUUAUAUGAAUAAUACAUCUAAGCAGCCGCUACCCUCUAAGUAUGAUCUUUUGGCGACAAUUGGAAUGAACGAAAAUGAAAACACUAAGUCUGGCGAUAAACACGAGCUAGACAUAAUGCUCGCACCAGAAGCAAAACGACGUCAUGUAGAUUCUACAUUUUUGGAUAAAAAUAGUUCUAAAAAAAUGCCUCUAUACAUUUCAGAAACUUCUCAAAACCUAAAUUCUGAUAAUUUUAAAUUUGCAAAAAGUCGCACAGCAAUAAAUAUUUUAAACAUAUUGGAUAAAGAGAAAAACGAAGAACAUAUUAAAACUGAAGUAGAUAUUCAAUCGGUCUUAAGUCCGUAUGCAAUGCCAUCUUCUAGAAGAACACCUUCAAAACAUGGAAUUAGUUCAAACAUUAUUACACAGAAAAAAAAACAAAAAUCUAUAGCCGAAAAAAUCGGGGAAACAAUGCAUUUUAAUGCAUUAUCAAAAUCUAUUAACAAAACAAAUUAUCAGACUCCUGAGAUUCCGUAUAAAAAAUACAAGCCUAUUAUUAGUUCAAAUUUGCAAAAUGUUAUUUCUCUAGGAACGGGAGAAAAUUAUUCAAAUAAUAAUAAUACUGAAAUUAAUGAUUUUAAAGAAUUUAAAAAUAUUUUACCACUUGAUAAAGUUUCUAUUCCUAAAAACCUGACAUCUGAUGAAAUUAUUUCAAUGAAGAAAAAUCCUAUAGUUUUUCAAACUUUUAAGGAUAAUAAAGAAACAUCUAAUUCUUUCUCGACAACAGGAUUUUCAUCUGAGCCAGAAAUUAAUAACAAACCAUUAACAAUUUACCCAAUAAAUAAGCAUAACAAUCCGGUAGCUACUGCAUCAUCUAGUUUCUUAAAUAAGGAUAAAAUUGUAUUUGGUUUUUCAGAGAAGGCUGAUGAAAUUGAAAAUACAUCUAUUAUUAAUAGUCCAUUAAAUCAAAAAAAUCAUUUAACUAAGGAAACUUCACAGACUACUGAAUCAUUGAAAUUUGAAAUUUUUAAAAUUAAUCCAAAUUUACUUCCUUGGUUUUCAUUCACUAUAUCAUCAUCUAAGGAAUUCAAAAAUAACUUAAAAAAUAUAUUAUUAAUUCCGGAGACACAAUUACGUAAAUAUAUUUUUACAACGCGUCCUAAGUGUUUAAUUUAA